UGCGAAAAUGAGAAAAUAAAAGUUUAUUCGACGAUCGAGAACGUGAAUAUAAAAUUCGGGAGAAAUUUUCAAAAAUCAAAUUUAACGAGCGAAGCAAGGAUUCACUUUGCAAAAUAAUACAUGCAAAUUUUAGAAAAAAUUGCAUUCAUGAAAUAGAUUCGUGCGAGAUUGAGAAUUUAUUUGCGGAAAUGAAAAUAUGCGAGAAAUUUGGAGAUGGAAAAACUGCAAUAAUAAAAUUAAUUCCAGCGAAAAAGAGAAAUUAUUCGCGAGAAACGUGAAAAUAAAUAAUUGCAUCAAAUAAAACAAGUAAAAAAAAAGAAAUAAAAAAGUUUUGUUGAUGAAAUAAAUUCGCAAUCAAGGACUUUAUUUUUGACAAAACUGGAAUUUGCAAAUAUAGGAAUUGAGUAAAGAGAAGAGGAAGAAUUCGUCGGUUAAAUCGAGAGAGUAAAGGAUGAGAUCUUACGACGGCGAGAGCAGCUCAACAGAGGACGACGAUCGCAGGGAAGGCCUGCCGGAAGCUCAUCUACAGCAAGGAUCCUGGCAACGCACAGCGUCACAUCCUACCUGGGCUUGGGAGCAUCGUAACGUCCAUCCACUGCCGCCACAAUCGGCAGCGGCCCUCGAAUCCGUAUACUCGACCCCAGGGGCUUCACAUCCGGGCGUCUCGGGCCCACCGGCAGCGUACUCAUCGGAACAUACCCAGAGUGCACCAGGACGAAGGACUCCGCUGGGUGCCGUGGGUCUCGGUGGUUUUUAUUUUCAACAACAACCCCAACCGCACGCUUCGUCGAGCGCGUUGUCCGAUGAGAAUCGACCGGACGAGAGACCAACAGCUUCGCGAUUGAACUGUCCAUCGAAAUCGAAGACGACUCGUCAAGGAAAGAGCGUAAGGCUGAAUAUUAAUGCGCGAGAACGUAGAAGGAUGCAUGAUUUGAACGACGCCCUAGACGAACUUCGUUCUGUCAUCCCUUACGCGCAUAGUCCUUCGGUGAGGAAGCUAUCGAAAAUAGCUACUCUUCUCCUGGCGAAAAAUUAUAUCCUUAUGCAAGGGAACGCGUUGGAGGAGCUCCGGAGAGUGAUAGCCGUUCUGCAAUCGCCGCAUGCACACACCACCGCCCUACCGCCCACUCCAGUCUCCUACGAUCUCCUGCAGGGAUUCCCCGGCAAACUAUUCCAGGGGGUGCAGGAGAUGCAAGGGCUUCCUACGAACGAUCCACCAAUCGUGACCGGUCCUCCGACUGACGGUACGGUCGCCAGCGGAGAAUCGAAUUAAAAAAUCAAUUUUCUUCCUACUUUUUUUGCGAUAGCUCCAAGAAUCUCUCUCGUGAAAAAACGUAAAUCGUGGGAGAAUACGAGCCAUAGAAUUAAACUGGUAAAAUGCGAUAGAAUAGCGAGAGGAAAGGAUUGAAAGUAUUUGCAAAUGUUUUUGCAGGCCUAAGUCUAAGAUUGAUAAUAUAAGAUGUGUAGGAGAGUCUCUUAAGCUAAAGAAGUUUUGAAAAUGAAAAUGCCUUUGGCUAUAUGAAAGUAUUAAUUAUUAGAGUACUAUUGAAAUGCAAAUUAAGUUCUCCAGAAGGAGAAAAAAGAGUUAAUCUUUUUUAAAUAUUAACACAUAAAUAAUUUAUAUUUAUCUAAAAAUCAAAACGCGAAAGAGUGAAAAUUACAUCAUUUUAUUUUUUCCAUAAAGAUAACAAGAUAAAGUAAAGCAAAUAAAAGAGAAAUU